AGGUGCGUUGUGAGCAGCUCCCUCCCCCCCCCCGCCGGUGGGCCCGACAACGGCGGCACUCCCGCCCCUCGGGACGCAUGCGCCAUGAACAAGCGGGUCUGGUACCAGGAGCACGUGGCGCAUUCAGGCCGCGUGCUCUGUGCCCGCCUGGGCGACAAGUCCGGGCAGGUCCUGGCCACCGGAGGCGAUGACAAGAGGGUCAACAUCUGGAAGGUGUCCAAGCCCAAUGCCAUGAUGAGCCUGACAGGGCACAGCACCCCCGUAGAAAGCGUCGUCUUCGACAAGCAGGAGGAAGUGUUGGUAGUAGGUUGCACUGCCGGCUCGAUGCAGGCUUGGCAGGGGAAGGGAGAUUGCAGAAGAGUGGGUGGGAACAGAGCGAAGGUCCAACCAGGAACAUCCGCACAAGCACCAUACCUGUUUCUGCCCUGUCACACGUUGGUGUGGUUUUGGUACCCCCAUAGCAUGGCGCCGUCGAUUCAGCAGUCCAGUUCCCAGCCUCUGCUCGACUUGCCACAUGUUGGGUAUAAAGUUGAUGCCAAUCUGUGUUCACCCUGAUGGGUUCUGGACUCCUCCUGCUCCUCCAGUUUCUCCGUGUCUUGUUCCGUGAUGCGGCGUUGCCGAGUCAUCGUUGACACCUCGUUUUCUUUUUGGAGUGUUGUAAAUUCCCGCGUAAGCAGGUGGUCGUCGUCUCAGGGAUAGCCCUGCACCGGC